GUCGGAACUAGCGAAUGUAACACACUAGGAAGCUCUCCGACUCUGUGUUCAGUGGGCGAUACGCGUGCGUGGACGCCUCUGGCUGCCGCAGAAUCGCUUCAGGCUACACCCACGCCGUCACCGAGCGCUGCUCCGGUUUGUGGCAAUAACGCGAGCGUGGCUGCUUAGGCUGCACUUGCUACACCCAGCCUCAAACGCCGCCGCAGCGAAGGACGGACAAAAUGGCGCAGCAGUCCUUCGCCGCCCUCCGCCCGACGCUCAGUCAAGCAACGUUAGCCUGUCUACGAGAUGACUUCCACUUUUCAACAAUGACGCCGGUCCAGGCCGCCUCAUUACCUCUCCUCUUGACGCAGAAGGACGUCGUCGCCGAAGCAGUGACCGGAUCGGGCAAGACGAUUGCGUUCGCCGUCGCGGCGGUCGAGGCUACUGCGCGUCUGGAGAGAGGACCUAUUCGUGUUGUCUGCGUUUCUCCAACAAGGGAGCUCGCGGCUCAAACCUCCCGAGUCUUCGCCACGCUGUGCAAAGCGCAUUCACUCAACAGCGAGUUGAUCACGGGCGGUUCAACAGUGGAGGCGCCGGAACGAUGCGAUAUACUAAUAGCGACGCCCGGUAGACUUGAUGACUUACUGUCAAGAGCAAUCCUAGACGUUUCCGGUGUUGAAUUACUCAUUCUAGAUGAGGCUGAUGUCUUGUUAGAGCUGGGGUUUGCCUUACAGAUCGAUCGCAUCAUGAAACGCUUACCUCGACAAAGAAGGACGUGUCUCUUCUCGGCAACGCAAACGCGAGCAGUCCGCGACUUGGCGAGGGCGGGAUUGAGGAACCCCGCUUCUGUCUCGGUCAAGGUCAACUCUGGAUCUGAGACGGGCAAGACGCCCACAGAAUUAGUUUCGCAGCACGUCAUUUGUCGCGCCGAGGACAAGCUACGAUGUGCCCUGGACUUACUCAAAACAGCGAGGAAGUCGUUAGUGUUCUUCGACUCCUGCGCCGCCGUAGACUUUUUUGGAAGGGCUCUCAAAGCCGCGAACGUGGCGGAACGGGGCCUCCCUAUCAUAAACGCGUUGCACGGGAAAAUGGCGCCAAAAAAGAGGAGGGCCGUCUGGGCCCAGUUCCGCGAAUGUACUUCCGAGAGGGUCGCGCUGCUGUGCACGGACGUCGCGGCGCGGGGCCUCGACGUGGACGACGUCGACCUCGUGAUCCAAGUCGACGCGCCGCAAAAACCCGACACUUUUGUCCAUCGCGCGGGGCGGACGGCGCGGGCUGGUCGUAGUGGCAGGGCGGUUUUACUACUAGAGCCCCACGAGGACGCGUACCCGGAGUUGUUGAGACUGCGGGGGGCCGCUACUACGUCUGUAGAAGUUGAGGUGACAGGUGCUGAUGAGUUGAGAACAUCUCUGGAAGAAGCGUGCAUCAAAGAUCGAGCCAUCCUCGAGAAGGGCACGAUCGCCUUCACUAGUCAUGUGCGAGCGUACUUGGAGCACCGGCUGCCGUACAUCUUUCGGUGGGAGAAGCUAGACGUCGGUCAGUGAGUCAGCGUCCGUUCUGAACUUUUCAGUUGCGUCGACGGCGCGCCGCGCCGCCUCGACGCCGUCUUCAUGAUCACGCGAGAGCCGUGGCCGUGUCGCGACGCUGUCGUUCACGCACAGGCUCGACGGCGCGGCUCUACGCUCUGCUGAAGCUGCCGGACAUGCCGGAAUUGCGGAAACGAGCCAAGGCUGCUGGGAAGAGGGGCAAGGACUGGAUGACGGCCUUUGCCUUUGAGCGGCGCGACGUCAAGACCGGUACCAUAAAAUAUGCUGAUCAAAAACGGGAAGCGGCGCGCCUGAAAAGGGUGGCGGCCGAGAAAGUUGUUAGGGAGGAGAAGAAGCUCGCUGCGUCGGCGGCGCCUCCUCCGGUACGUAAGAGGAAAGACGAGCCGCGGAAAAGAAAAGGGCAGCACGACCAGAUCCUCGAGGACUGGAGUGAAUUUGCGGAAGAUGAACGGCGGCACAAGAAAGCGCGCAAGAAGAAAAUUGAGGAGGACGAUCCCGAUCUGUUGGCGCUGGAGGCGCUGGACAAUCCGUCGAAGAAGGCGGCGGCGUCGCACCAGUCCGUCAAAAAUUUACGGGGCCAGAAGAAGACUGCCAAGAAGAAAUCGAAAGCGUUUGCGAAGCUUCGGGGGAAGAAGAAACGGUAAGCCCCUGCCGCGCGCCGUCAAUCGCCCCGCCACGAAGCCCGUCGCCACGCCGCCGGCGAAGACGAUCCGCACUGGAGCAAGCGCCUUGGUAAGUGUGUUGUGUUAUG